AGMAAUACGCAKUAUUUUGAACUAUUAUAUGUUCAUAGUCAUUGAUUGGUCUCCCUGUGCUGGACCCAGGAGAACUGAGCCGAUUGCACUGAAUGCACUAAUACGUUUUUGGUGAGACUCAAAGAACUGAAGAAGAAACUCUCCAAAGUGAAUCAAAAUAAAGAGAGAGGAUUGAUGAUGAAGAGGGAGAUCUCAGAACAUGCCUUAAAAUGCCAUAGACUCAAGUGGACAAUGGUAACAAAACCUUUGACAACAUUCCAGGUGGAAAAGACAAAGGGAUGGUUUUGAAGGCUUUAGCCCAGUGCAAGGAAGAGAUGGUGAAAAACAAAACUACCCAGACAGAACUGGAGAAAAAGCUCUCCAAAGUGAAUCAAAAUAGAGAUAAAGGAUUGAUGAUGAAGAGGGAGAUCUCAGAACAUGCCUUAAAGAAAACUGUGGUUUGGAGUUUUCUUCUAAACUUGAAGAGCAAAUGCAGAAAUGGCAAAACCACAUGGAAGAGACUGCCAGCUGCCUGUGUAAAGAAUGUUGAGGAAAUGUUGAACAGAAAUGAGAUGGGAGAAAUUUUGGAAAUGAAGAAAGUAGUGUUAGAGCAGUUGCGGUACAUGCUAUACCCUCCUCACCAAUAUGUGAUACUGGUGGGGGAGCCAGAUUAGACGCCGGCCACUCGUCCAUGAGGCAGGUAGUACUGGGUUACAUGUUACUAGUAGCAGACUUGAUGCCUGACCUGACUAACAUAUGUAUUAUUAAAUUAUCAACAAACAGUUAAUCCACAUUUUAUAUGAUCUGAAAGAGGCUACUUGAAUGAAACUUGUCAAACAUUGAAAAUGACUUGAAAAUUUAGUAGAUAAACUUCUAUAUUGAGUCACACUGUAAAUAAUCAUGAAACAAUCUUGAACUAUUAUAUGUUCAUAGUCAUUGAUUGGGCUCCCUGUGCUGGACCCAGGACAACUAAGUCGAUUGACGCAUGGUCGAUGGUCUGCACCGACUGCACUAAUACGUUUUUGGUGAGACUCACAAAACUGGAGAAGAAACUCUCCAAAGUGAAUUAAAAUAAAGAGAAAGGAUUCACGAUGAAGAGGGAGAUCUCAGAACAUGCUCAACAAGCAGACAAUGGGAGCAAAACCUUUUGCAGUGGUGAUACUAAUGUGCAUGUGUUAUAUAUUUUGCUUUCAGAUUAUAUUACCUUUAAGGUUAAAAGAGCCUCUUAUUUUGGGGCGGGAGACACACUGCCUGGCAGUGUGUCCCCUCCCCAUACACCUAUCACAUCUCAGAUCUGCAAUAUGAUAUAAAUAAUAAUCAGGGACAUCAGAAUUACACUUGGUCUGUAU